AUGGGCCUCCAAAUCGCAGAUGACGAACCGCCACAUCACACAGGCAUAUCAUCAAGCAAUUCGGCCACCACAAUGAACUCCGACGGUGGUGUUGAGUCCCCUCCUAGCAUACCCCCCGCAGUUCCAAAGCCCUCUAGAUUCAGAUUCAAAGACAAGUCCAAGAGGAGAUCCGAGAAACGCGACGAUCGAUCACGAAGCCCAGCUGAGCGGUCUGACCGAGACUGGGCGCGACGCGACAGAGCAGACGAGAGACAGCGAGAACGACAUCACAGACAUCACCACCGUAGCAAGAGGCGCAAAGCGAGCCCAGCCAAAGAUGACCCCGCGCUGUACGACGAUACGCACCUCCCGAACGCUUCCUCGAGCCAAUAUGUAGACCCCGAGAUCGCUUUUCGGGAGAGUUUGUUUGAUGCCAUGGCUGAUGAUGAAGGGGCGCAAUUCUGGGAAGGUGUAUACGGACAGCCGAUUCAUACGUAUCCCAACGUAAAGCCCAGCCCGGACGGAGAAUUAGAGCGUAUGACAGAUGAGGAAUAUACGGCUUUUGUUAGGGCGAAGAUGUAUGAGAAAACACAUCAGCACCUAAUCGAAGAAAAGGCGCGCAGAGACGCUGCUAAGAAGGAAAGGGAACGGCUAGCUAAGGAGAGCGCGAAGGAGGAGAGAGAAGCCGAGAAAUUUAGGAGGAAAGUCGAGGAAAGUUUGAAGAGGGGACAAGAAAGGAAGUCUAGGAAGGCAUGGGGAGAUAGGUGGGAAGCAUACAUCCAGAAAUGGGAGUCUGGGAAGAUUCAUACUUCAUCUAUACCUUGGCCAGUGGAGAGUGGCAAAAGGGCAGAUACAACCAAGUUGAAGGAGAUAGAGCGGUUUUUCCUCAAUGCGCCAACAUCUGGACAGCCUACGGAAGCCCAACUGGCAAAGGUCUUAAAAGUUGAACGAGUACGCUGGCAUCCAGAUAAAAUACAACAAAAGCUUGGAGGCCAGGACGUCAAUAAGGAUGUUAUGCAAGCAGUUACUGCUGUCUUUCAGGUCAUUGAUAGGAUGUGGUCCGAGGUAAGGGCUACUGGGAAGUAA